UGUUAUUGUUGCAGCGAAGCUGGGUCUACGUGGACGCCGUCGCAGACAGACGUGCGUGCGUGCGUGCGUGUUUUUGUUUUGUGUGUGUGUGUCAGUCUAAGCAAGAAGCAUCAGGAGAAGAAGGCGGCUGAGCGGCUGUGUCGCUCACAGGCGGAAUGGCUGAUUUCCACGAGAUGUGGCAAGACAUUGAGACGGUCAUCCUGGGUGUUGGGGGGCCAAUGCACGCACCACACGUGUCAGACGGGAUUGCAGAACCGACUUCCCCACUCUACUCAAGCAGAGGAACAAACAACAUCCCGGCUACCGGCGGGAAACUCGAGGUGGACUGCGUGUUCCCUGCCACGUCUUGUUCUCCGGUAGAGCCGGGCUACUUCAACGACUCCGGCUGCAAACCUGGGGCAGGAGGCGACCAACAAGUUCCCGUCGUGUCGCCCAACACGUUCUACCUGCCGUCGUCAUCCGGGGAGGACGACCUGGGCUCUUGCAAACCAGAGCCGUCGUCUCUCUACUUCCCCCCUGUCUGCGGGAAGAUCAAGUCGGAAGCGUCGACGGAUCAGCUGUACCUGCAUCGGCAGACUGUGGCCGGUUACUCGUACGCGUCAGUGUCGCAGACCUUUUGCCCGCCCUCCUACGGCGGACAGUCUCCUCAGAUGUAUCCCCCGAAUGGCAGUGGCGGAUCUCACAUUCCUUUCGGACAAAUCUCUCCACCGGCCACUCCGGAGACGUGCAGCACUUUCUACCAUCACCCGCCAGGCUCGAGCUACGGCGACGUGUACCACAGCCGACACCCGCAGGUCACCCACUUCAAGAUCCUCACACCCCCAUCGUCUCCACAUCUGACGGGACACUUACAGAACGCGGCGGGGCCGUUUCUGGGACCUCAGCCGCAUCCCAGAAACCCCAUACCACCCCGGAGGAACUGGAGCAGGCGGAAAGUAAUCGUGCACACGUGCUCGCAGCCUGGCUGCGGCAAGACGUACACGAAGUCGUCGCACCUCAAGGCUCACCUCCGCACGCACACGGGCGAGAAGCCGUACCAGUGCAGCUGGAAGGGCUGCGGUUGGAAGUUCGCGCGCUCGGACGAGCUGACUCGCCACUACCGCAAGCACACCGGCGACCGCCCGUUCCAGUGCCGCCUCUGCGAGAGGGCGUUCUCGCGCUCCGACCACCUGGCCCUCCACAUGAAGCGCCACAUGACGAUGUAG